AAAAUAAUUCUAUAACAUUUUAAUUAACAUAUUAAGUCUUAAUUAUUGUAACAUUACAGGCAUUGGAAUGUUUGACCUUAGAUACCUCAGUUACAGCAACAGGAAGAAUAGCAGACAGAAUUAAUAUAAAAGACUCAACCGUCCAUGUAGGAAAUGUUUUUAAUAUACAACAACCAUCAAGUUCAACUGAUAAAAAUGAUUCAGAAUUUUUUCAGAUAAAGAGAGAAACUUUAAUUAAUUAUCACAAGACUAAAAAUGCUUACAUGAAAUCUUUGUUGUGGAGUGAAAGAAGUAAAGACUUUCCCUUAACAGACUACUUCAUCGAACUUACUGUUCAGAAAGCAGAUUUCUUAUGUAAAAUAGCAGGAGAAACUAUUCAGUUUACACAGAUUUUUCCAAAAUCAAUCGACACACAUGUUGCAAUGUUAGUCACUGGUGAUCCCGGUUAUGGCAAAACUACAUUUUGUCAGAAAAUAGCCUACGAUUGGGGUACAGAUACUUCCCGUACCGAUUACUUAGGACAUUAUGAUUUUACUGUCGUUAUUGUUUUGCGAGAAUUAAAGAAGAAAAGUAUAACAGAUGAGAUUCUCCAACGUAUCUGUGAAAACACAGAUACCAAUUCUAGAGAUAAAUUAAGACAAAGAGGAUUUAAUUUAUUAAUCAUUCUGGAUGGAUUCGACGAAAUAAAUGGUAAAGAUUUGAUUAUACAGUUUAUUGAAAACGAUUCAUUUUAUAUUUCGAAACAAAUGACAAUUCUUGUUACUUGCCGUCCUUACGCUGCCGAAAAUAUAAGAGAAUACUUUAAUAUGAGAUUCAUUAUUGAAGGAUUUUCACAAGAACUGAAAGAAAAGUAUAUUAAAUUGGUUAUUAAUGAUGAUAACGGCAGACGGGAUGAACUUAUAAAGUUGAUAAAAUUCAGUGAUUUUCAUUCUGCCUUAGCUGAAUGUCCAUUAAUGUUGCAUAUGUUAUGCUGUCUACCACAAACUAAAUACUUUUGCAAAAUAAAAACAAAGACCGAUUUGUUCAUUCAAAUCUUUCGUCUUGUAAUAAAAAGAUAUAUGAGAAAAAUGGAAAAUGAACAUAAUUUAAUAAAAGGAAAGUUUUUCUACGGAGAGGACUUAGUAGUUAAAUUGGGAAAAAUAUAUUUGGACAUUAUAUUUAAAAAAAGAAAAAUAGGUAACAUAAUGUAUUUUUUUGACAUUCACGAAUCGCUAAUUUUAUCAGAUAAACACUUAAAGAAACAGUUUUCAGAAGAAAAAGACUACCAAUUUAUAUUAGGACUAGAUAUAUUUGCAAAGUAUUCUGAGGUAGAAGGAAUUCGUUAUUUCGAUUUUAUACAUAGAAGCUUUCUCGAAUUUAUCAUUGCUCUUUGUUACUACCAUUCCAUGCAAAACGCUGGAGAUUGUCAUUACGGUUCUGCAAUUCUACCGUUUCUCUGUGGUCUUUAUGGAGAUGAAAAAUUUUCAAAUGAAUUCAUAAACAUCAUUGAACAGCAUAUUUAUUUUCCUCUGAUUUGGGAUGACUGUGUUAAAGAAAUUAAACAUAUAACCAACAAACAAAUAUUCCUUGUAAAAGCUAAAAUAUGUUUUGAUUAUUUCUGUCUAGAAAUGAUGACAAUUUUAUUUCAGCAACGUUUCUUUCACCUUUCUCAAAUUUAUUUUCAUUUUCCCAACACAAGAAAAUCGUAUGAAAAAAUUAAAAAACAACUAAUAGACUUACACAACAUUUACAAAGAAUCUGAUAAAUUGGAAAUAUUUUUAUUUUUGGAUAAAAGUGUUAUAUUCUUAGAAGCGAAUAGCAUUAAUAGUGAACCUUGUUCAGAAAAGAUGUAUGAUAUUCGUCAAUCCGUAGAUCUCAUUCAUAAUUUAAUAAAUAGCUUUAAAUGGGAUAAAUUUAAAAUGUUUUUUAGUGGUGUACUUUUCAUUAAAAGUGUUUAUAAUCCUGUUCUACAUUACAACAUGUAUGAUUUUUUCGAAGAUGUCGAGAAUCCUGCAAUAAUUCCGAAAGAUCUUAAACUGAAAUCGCAUGAAACAAAUAAAAAUUUUGUUGUUCUCGUUACUAAAAAUAAAUUGAUUGGAAAAAUCAAAUACUUGAUUUCUAAUGAACAAUAUUUGAGUCUAAUAUCAAGCUCUCAUCUUAUAAUAAAUAAACAGUAAAUAGCAAUCUGGCAUAGAACUGUAUUUGCAUUUUUAAUAUAAUUAUUAUGAUAUUUAAAUUGUGAUAUAAUUAUGUUUUCUCAAUUAACUUAUAAUCAAUACUUUGUAUAAUACUAAGUCAAUAUUUUGUGCAAAAAAAAAAAUAAUUAAUGUACAGUACUAUAAUUACAGUCUGUCAGAGAAGUAUAGGAACACCAUAAAUUUUGUGUUUAUUCAAAAUUUAUUUUCAAAUUAUUAUUGGAAAUAUUAUUAACUAUUUUUAUCAUU